UCCAUCCAGAGCGCAGGAGCAAACAGAAUGAACUUGUCGCGCUACCUGCUUAAAGGAGCCGCCGGAUGUAUGAACAGCUGAAUAGGUAACUGUUUUCCUCUUUUUGAAAGUUGAGAAAAUAGGUAAUGAUCGUCAUAGCAGGAGGCAGAAGUCGAAGAUUAACGCGGGGAGGGUUUUAGUGUAAAACGGGCAAUCAGGGAGCGGAUUAGAUCCAACAGCGAGGAAUCAGAGAUGCGGAAACAACAACAGAAGCCACAACAGUACGGAUUUUAAUCUAUUUGGAUAUUUAUUUGCACAGGGAGCAGCAUGCCUCGGCUCAGGAGAAGAGGGAAAAUGUUCCAACUUGGAGUGACACCCAAACACCCUGAACUUUUCCGUCUGUUGCGACUAUCCGGUGAUUUGUACACCUUUCCGCGGUUAUAACAGGGUUUCCUUCGGACCUGAGUCACCAUGUCAAAAGUCCUGCAGAAGAAGAACCACUGGAUCAAUAAAGUGAACGACUGCGCACUGAACCCGGGCGCCUGUGGGGAGCUGAACGUGGAGCUGCUCGGCGGGGCUGAGAACGGAGAGUUCGCUUACAUUGGUCAAGUUAGGGAGGAUGCUGCGCUGUACCAGGACGGCAAACUCAGCAAGGGGGAGCUAGUGCUGGAGGUGGAGGGUCUGGCUGUGUCUGGAUUACCUCUAUAUGACAUUUUAGCUGUGAUUAAGUGCUGCCAAGGUCCUGUCAGGUUGAAAACUGUGCGUCAAGGUCACAAGCUCAACAAGGACCUCAAGCACUACCUGAGCUUGAGGUUUCCGAAGUCUUCCCCUGACCACGAGCUUCAGAAAAUCAUCCGAGCCAACCUCUACCGCCAUGCUGUGCCUUGUACAACCCGCCCUCCUCGAGACGGAGAGGUCCCUGGGGUGGAUUACAACUUCUUGUCAGUGGAGGACUUCCUAGAACUUGAGGAGAGUGGCACACUACUGGAGAUAGGAACAUAUGACGGUAACUAUUAUGGGACCCCCAAGCCGCCCAGGCAGCCCAUCAUUGGGACAGUGAUUCUCAGUGAUGCAGGCUCCCAGCAGUCCACCCCGAAGCGCACCAAGUCCUACAAUGACAUGCAAAACGCCCGAGUAGUGCCUGCUGACGACGAUGAUGACGACCAGGCCUCGGAAAUGAACAACAGUUUUACAGGAUCCUUAGUGCGUAGUCUCUUCCCCUCUCCUUUGUUGUGCACAGGUAACCCUAACGACCCGGACGAGAGCCGCGGCGGCAUCCUCCGGCCAUACCCCGUACGUGACAAUGCUCCACCCUGUGGUCUGAACAAUGCGGCCACCUCCACCUCAGAAAGCGGGCAGCAGACGCUCGCAGAACCCCAGGUGUCUCCCGAAGACCCACUGGGAACACUGCCCGAAAACUGGGAGAUGGCGUACACUGAGAAUGGAGAACUUUACUUCAUAGACACGGCAAAGGCACACCACCCGGACAUGGCUGUGUAUUUUCAGAGCUUCCACAACACAAAGACCACAUCAUGGCUGGAUCCUCGGUGUCGAGACAAAGCUUCAAGGCCUCUAGAAGAGUGUGAUGACGAUGAAGAAGGGAUACAUACAGAGGAACUGGAGGCCGAUCUUGAGCUGCCACCAGGAUGGGAAAGGAUAGAAGACCCAGUGUACGGGGUGUAUUAUGUAGAUCACAUAAACAGGAAGACGCAGUAUGAGAACCCCGUGUUGGAGGCGCGGCGUCGGAAAAUCCUGGAGCAGCAGCAGCCGCAGCCUCCAGAAGGUGAGCGGUAUAUUCGAGAGUGGAUAGAGGAGCACUCCUCCGCAGCAGCUCCUUUAGCAAACUAUGCUCCGAACCACCUGGAGACCUACAGAGACCCGCAAGGCCCUCCAGCUCUACCGCCCGGCCCUGGAGGAAUCAAACGAGGAAAGCCUUUCUUCACGAGAAACCCCGCAGAGCUUAAAGGAACCUUCAUCAACACAAAGCUGAAAAAGAGUCGUCGGGGCUUCGGCUUUACAGUGGUCGGAGGAGACGAGCCGGACGAGUUCCUACAGAUCAAAAGUCUGGUGCUGGAUGGGCCUGCAGCCGUGGAUGGCAAGAUGGAGACAGGCGAUGUGAUAGUGAGUGUGAAUGACACCAUCGUGCUAGGCUACACCCACGCUCAGGUGGUCAAGAUCUUCCAAUCCAUCCCCAUCGGUUCCAUGGUGGACCUCGCUUUAUGCCGAGGUUACCCGUUGCCCUUUGACCCUGAUGACCCGAACACCAGCUUGGUGACCUCAGUGGCUAUCUUGGACAAGGAGCCCAUCAUUGUCAAUGGACAGGAGACCUUUGACUCGCCUUCCAACCAAGGCGGACCAAUAAACGGCAUGAGGGAUCCUCGGCCACACAGCCCUUCUGCUGAUGUGGCAUCGAACGGCUCGCACGGCUACAGCAGCGACGUGGUCACCCUUGCCUCAUCCAUAGCCACCCAGCCUGAACUCAUCACCAUCCACAUGGAAAAGGGCGACAAGGGAUUCGGCUUCACCAUCGCUGACAGUCUGACGGGAGGAGGGCAGAGGGUGAAGCAGAUAGUAGACUAUCCACGGUGCCGUGGAUUAAAGGAAGGAGAUAUUCUCAUGGAGGUCAACAAGAGAAACGUUCAGAAUAUGAGCCACAAUCAGGUGGUGGACCUGCUGAGCAAAUGUCCCAGAGGCAGUGAGGUCACGAUGCUUGUGCAAAGAGGCGUGGUGCAAGCCAAGAGGAGUCCAAAGCUGGUGCACCAGUUAGAGAGGAAAGACAGCCAGAGCAGCUCCCAGCACAGUGUGUGCAGCCAUCGCAGCACCCACGCUGAUUCUCCCAGCCACCCAUCCUCUGCCAUGCCCAGCGAGGCUGUGGCUCCUACUCCUGCUGCACCUACCCAGCCUCUGCCUGGCCUGCCCCCUCUGGACCCCGCAGAUGGCACCCUCACCCUCCAAAAGAAGCCGGACCCCUUUAAGAUCUGGGCGCAGUCCAGGAGCAUGUACGAGAGCCGAUUGCCAGAUUGCCAGGAGCAGGACAUUUUCCUUUGGCGGAAGGAUACAGGCUUCGGCUUCCGUAUCCUGGGAGGAAAUGAGCCUGGGGAGCCUAUCUACAUCGGGCACAUUGUGAAGUACGGGGCAGCAGAUGAGGACGGGCGCCUGCGGUCGGGUGAUGAGCUCAUCUGUGUGGACGGCACAGCGGUGGUGGGCAAGUCUCACCAGCUGGUGGUGCAACUGAUGCAGCAGGCUGCCAAACAGGGCCACGUUAACCUCACAGUCAGACGCAAGAGCCCUGGAUACGGAGUGUCGAAAGGGGAAGGUGAUGUCCCCCCGUCACCGGCAUCCUCACACCACAGCAGCACCCAGGCACCCAGCCUGACUGAGGGAAAGCGAACCCCUCAGGGGAGCCAGAACUCUCUCAACACCGUCAGCUCUGGAAGCGGCUCAACCAGUGGCAUAGGCAGCGGGGGCGGAGGAGGCAGCGGGAGCGCGGUGGUGCCUGCCUCCCUGCAGCCGUACGACGUGGAGAUUCAGCGCGGAGAGAACGAGGGCUUUGGAUUCGUCAUCGUGUCAUCCGUUUCACGGCCUGACGCUGGCACAACUUUCGCUGGAAAUGCCUGUGUGGCCAUGCCCCACAAAAUAGGACGCAUCAUCGAGGGCAGCCCAGCAGACCGGUGUGGAAAGCUGAAAGUGGGGGACCGAAUAUUGGCUGUAAACUGCUGCUCCAUCACCAACAAGUCGCACUCGGACAUUGUCAACCUGAUCAAGGAGGCCGGGAAUACAGUCUCGCUCAGGAUCAUCCCGGGUGAUGAAUCUUCCAAUGCUUCUCUGCUAACCAAUGCUGAGAAGAUAGCUACCAUCACCACCACUCACACACCUCAACAGACCACAGAGUCCCGGAAUAACUCAAAGUCGAAAGGAGCUCCUCCUCCUCCACCCACACAAAGUCAGACGUCACAGGAUGCCGAGUUCUACUCUGUGGACCUGGAGCGGGACAGCAAAGGGUUUGGCUUUAGUCUGAGAGGAGGACGGGAGUACAACAUGGACCUAUAUGUGUUAAGACUAGCGGAGGAUGGGGCUGCGGUCAGAAAUGGAAAGAUGAGGGUUGGAGAUGAGAUUCUGGAGAUUAAUGGCGAGAGCACAAAGAACAUGAAGCAUUCACGUGCCAUCGAACUGAUCAAGAAUGGUGGUCGGAGGGCGCGGCUCGUACUCAAACGGGGAGAUGGAUCUGUACCUGAAUAUGACGGCAGCAGUGACGGGAACCCUUCCACACCCGGGGCACAAAACACUCCGGAAGUGAGAACGCUGCCACCAAACAGCAGAUAUCACACCUCAUUGGAGUCCAGUUAUCCACCAGACCUUCACAAACCAUCACGCCAGGAGGAGGCUGUGCGUGGCCGAGACGGGGACAGGAACAGGGACAGGGCUGGGUCAGAGCAAAUGGACUAUCAAGGCCGGCAAUUUAACCCCCACCAUCAUCACACCUGGAAUAACAAUCAUAGUCAAAGUACCCCCAGUCAGCAGUCUCCAGAGACCAACAGCAGCAGUGGCAACAAGAAGAGCCGAGGCCGCAAAGUAAAGAAGUCAGAGUCCGAGAGUGGCAUUUCUAAACUCCUUAAGACUCUGAGGAAAGACAGCUCGGGGAAAAAGGCUGCAGCUGCUGAGAAGCAGAGAGGGCGAGAACUCUCAGGCAGCAGUUCCACUUUGGACGGGAGGUCUCGUCAGCAGCGCCGUGGCUCUCUUGACCGCUCACCUACCCGCAAGCGUGCCUCAUCUCCUGACCGUCGUCGGGCCAAAUCGAUGGACCGCAGGGCAGAGCGUGCCCAACGGGAUCGCACACCUGAAAGGGAGUACGAUGAUGGAGGGUUCCUUGCAGUCACCCCUGAGCGCAAGUUCUACGAUCGGAGGCUCCUCAAGGACUCACAGAUGGCCGGGCUAGUCAGGGAGGCUUCAACCCCUGAGCGCGCCAACAACAACGGGGAUUCCCUCUCUCUUUCCAGGGGCCGUACAUAUGAAAGAGCCACAAAGAACGGCAACCUCUUUAGAGACUCUUCUUCAGAGAGGAGGGAAGAGGGAUAUCAGAUGAACGGGACGCCGGAGAGACGAUACAGAAUGGAGCGGGACUCUUCCCCUGACAGCAACUACAGCCGGGACGAGCUGAACUAUGCAGCAGCACCCAGACUGAAGGACUACUACAGCAUGAUGAAGAACAAUGCUGCACACAACAACGCUGCCUACAACAACACAGGCCAUAACAAUAACGCUGUCGGCCACAGCCCGAACCAGCUCCCUGAGCCCAAGAGACGGCUGUACAAAGAAAGCCCCAAAGACCUCAGCAUCUAGAGCAGAGCCGAGAUCCCCCUAGCCACUCUCUCCUCUAUCUGUGCAAACUAUGUACCAUACACUGGAAUUGGACUUCUGAGGACAAGAACUCUUGUGCUUUAUUUGGUCGACUGGUUUUUUUAAUUGAUUUGAUUGACUUAACUACUUGUGAUCCCAUCCAGAGAUUCAUAAAACAGCAGGAACACAAUCCUUCUAUCAGUUCACACUGGUUGUUUUGUCUAGUUAUUUUGAACAUUACAGAAGUUGUUGUACGAUAGUAAAGUUAUUGUAUGUGCCUGCAUAUCAAAUCAGUGACAUUGCUUUUUCUAGGCAUUGCUGAAUCUAAAUAUUUGUUCCCUCAGAGGUAAAAACAUUCUUCCAGUUGUGGUGACUUCUUACUACUAAGCUUGUUUUCAACUCGUUUUUAGAUGUCUUUUCCAUUCCUCAAUUGCUUUACUGAACAAACUAUAGCACAAGACACUGAUGGUUCACAAGAACUGUGAAAGUCCUGUUGGACUUGAGAGGCAAAAAUCUAAAUUUAAGAUCUGAUGGUAAAAGAAGAGUGAUAAUUAUAUAAAUAAUAUAUGGCUUUGUUGCAUUUCCUCUCUAUUUAUUUUGAAUUUGGCACAUAUCUUGAACAAGCUUUGUUAAAUCUUUGAGGACCAAGGCUGAAGUGCACACUGUACCUAGGAAAGCAUGCUGUGCCCUUACUUGUUUUGCAGCGUGGAAAUGUGUGGCAGCUGAAUCUCCUUUGAAUAAAAUACACCCACAAAAAGACGGAAUCAGUCAACUGAUGUGAAAAUUGGGAGUAGUGUUGUUAGAUUCUCACUCGGAGAAGGAUUGUAAAAAUAGCUUUAAUACUGUUGAUCUUUUGUUCCUCAGUGUUUGCUGGUGUAGCAUGUAAGGAACCUGACUCAGAGACAAUAGCCUGUAGGCUAUAGGUAGAGUCUCUGCUGAGGGAAAUUGAUGGUUAUCUAAAUUUGUCUUCAUUAUGCCAGCUUAAAGCUGCCAUAAAAUUUGACUUAUCGGAUAUGCCAAAAAGAGGAAAUACAAACAAAUGUGUAAAUUAUCCCUGUGCAAGUUGCAUGUAUAAGUUGAAGUGUAGUUUAAUCACUUAAUCUGUUGGAGUCUGCGCAAAGGUUAUCAAUAAGGCACAUGCACUGUAACCCCACAGUAACUGUUGGCCAUGUCCUCAUGGGGAUGAUACACAAAUUUGCGCACCAAACACCUCCUGGGUCCUGACACAAAUAAGUGAUGUGGUUUGUUGUGUUGGUAACAUACGGCGAGUCCCGUUACAGGAGACGACCAAUCUGCCAUGCUGAGCCAUGCUGUCACGCCACUGGAGUCUGACUGCUGCUUUAUAAUGUGUUUUGUGUGUAUUCUCUGUUUUAUGUUUCAUUAGAGAACUUAAAAUAUAUUGGAUAAUCCACAACAAAUGCAUUGUUUGAUCACUGUCGUUGCCAUGGUACUGUAUUAACAAAAAAAGAAGAAAAGAAACACAUUUAAGAACUUAAUCUGUUGGCUAUAACCUGUAAAGAUUUUUUCCAAUGUAACUAUUAGGAACCUGUCAAGGAUUAAAAUGUUGCCUUUUUCUUGUACAAAAGAGAAAUUUAUGAAAACCUCAGCUGUGAGGAAUGUGAUAUUGUGUUUAUAUCUCUGAAAUGGACCUGAUGAUUUAUGAGAAAUAUGUUGAUUUACUCUGGGUCAGGUAUGUAAAGACAUUUUAAAAAUGAAAGACUGUAUUUGGUCAAUCAAAAACUGUUUGAUGGUUUGAAUCUCUUGAUGGUUAGCCUGCCUUUGUAUUAUAAAGCACUUGUAUGCAGUCUGUGUUCUUCAAGCAUUAGUUCUUGCAAUGUGCUCUGGACAUAAUGCUGUCUCUGUGUUGAUAAAAGCAGUACAUGUAUAUGGGCCAAUCUUUUUUUAUAAAACUAUGCAUAUAUAAAUACUACAUUGUUCAUAGCUUUAUUUGACCCAUGAAGCUAUACAUAACAUUAGUCUAAGUACAAGUAGAUGUGGACUUAUCCAGCUUCUUUCCUUGAGAUGGAUUACAAUGUAUAUGUAGCUAUCAAAAGAAGUCUGUGAAUGCUAUUUUUAUUAUCAAAUAAAGUUUUCCAUACAAAUUCAAAA